GAAGAAUUCUAUCAAGACCGUGACAAUAGCAGAUUUGCUUCAGUAGUGGAAAGGCGCUAUUAUGGGAAUAUUCAACAUCUGAAAAUAAUCUCAGAUCACAAAACUAUGCUAAAGUACACCAUCGACAGAGACAGAAACAGAUGUCCUGCAGAACAUAACCACGACCCAGUUCACACAUUUUGUAUUCCAGACAGUGCUACUCCCGGUUUCCAGGUGAAACUGGGGUUUGAUGAUAACUCCCUUGAAGCCACUGCUUAUUAUGAUGAAGAUACACUCAAGGAUGACAAGUACCAAAGAGGCAUAUGGUACAUAGUUAAGGAGGCAUGUAUUCCUCUGCAACGUGACAGGACUGGUCUUGACAAGGAAAAGUUUCUCGAUUCAGACACGUUUGGAUCAAUGACCAUGGACUAUGAUGAUUCCAUAUUCGAUAUCCCGUCGAUCUGCCCUACAGUCAUCCCACCGAUGAAACAGAAGGCAAUAAACUUCUUUGAAGUUAUCCGUUACAAUACCUCCACUGAGAAGUUGAGUCAGUCACGUUUGUGA